GCUGCCUCAGUCGACGGCGACGGCGGCGCAGAGCGGCGAUCACUCCCUUUGCAUUUUCAAAUUUUCAGUUUCAGUUUUCAGUUCGCGUUGGCACGUUGAACAAGACGUGUGAAGAGCCUGCGAUUUGUUUGAUCUUUCGGUCAGCUGAAAUACGUAAUAAAAGUGUCUGUGCGGUCGUCCAGGAAGCGGCGGAAAAGUGUGGAAAUACUCGUAAAAAUAGCUCAAGUCGUUUCCAUUCUAAAUUGCGCGUUGACAGCCGCAAGUGGCGCAAACAAGCCGAAACAACAAGGAGCUGUCAGUUCCGACCCGCCGAGUAGAAUUCACUUGGAUCUCUACAUCGGCAGUGGGGGCACUUCUCGAGCUCACGAACAACGUCCUUGACCAAGAGCGGACGGAGAGAUUUUGGAGUGAGGUGCCGGUACCCCCUCCCUUAAAAAAAAAAAAAAAGCACCGAAGACAACAGCAACAACCGCGAUGAAUUGGACGCGCGUGCUGCUAAUCGGGUUGACCGCCUUGGCGCUGACAUUUGUGGAGGUUGCAUCACUCUCACUCGAUCCAGUUGCCUCUGCUGAACUGGAACAGUUUAUUCGAAAGGGAGAUGUGGUUAUUUCAACGCGUCACAUACGACCUCGUCGAAAGUUGCACAUCUCUAUAGAAGCCCUCUUUAUGAUUGACUUUCCCAUGCUGAAGCAUAAGAUGUCCUUCUUCCUGGACCGCAAACAGCAGCGGGUUACCCUGGACAUCAGUGCGAAUGGAGCCACCGAGUCGCGGAACUUCGAGAUACCCAACAUCAAUGAGACGAGCACCAUCCGAUCGCUGGCUCUGCAGUUCUCUAAGAAUCGAAUAACCCUCUAUGUGGACUGCAAGGCGAGUACGCAUCACGACAUCGACAUGAACCUGGCCAAGUUGUACACCCAGAUGGAUGAUCCGGUGAUCAAGCUGUUCCGUGAGCGCAAGUACCCACUCCACUUCGACGGCGACAUGGAGCACUCCCUGCAGCGGGCCAAUUGCCAGAAGGGCAUGCAUCGUCGGGGCAAUCGUCGCAUGCUGCGCAACAAGAUCACCGAGCGUGAGAAGAACAAGAAGCGAGAUGUGCGCGGCUGGUAUGAGCCAACGAUCGCCAGGGAAGGAGUCGUGGACAACCGGCACCAGGAGGUGCCAACGAACGUGGAUCGCGGCGACAUUCCCGUUCUGAAUGGCGAUUGCGAAGACGCCCUCGCACGCUCGCUGGCGGAUUUACUGGCAUUGGUGAAGCUGCUCCGCGAAGACGUCGCCCACCAGCGCCAGGAGAUUGCCUACCUGCGGAUGCUCUUGGAGAACUGUGCCGGCUGCAAGAAUCCCCUCAGCAACGACAACCAACUACGCAUCGAGCCCGACUGCCGAUCCGCCAAUCCUUGUUAUCCUGGAGUGGAGUGCCUAGACUCGGCGGCCGGUCCCAGAUGUGGCCACUGUCCCCUUGGCUUCAUCGGCGAUGGCAAGACCUGUAAACCGGGCGUUACCUGCGCCCACCACAUCUGCUAUCCAGGCGUUCAGUGUCACGAUACCGUGAAUGGAGCCCAGUGUGACUCCUGUCCAGCCGGCUACGAAGGUGAUGGACGCACAUGUUCGCUACGUAAUCCUUGCCUGGACACACCGUGCCCCUCAGGUGCCCAAUGCCUGCAGGUUGGUUACCCGCCCUACUUCCAUUGCAUCUCAUGUCCGGUGGGUCACGAGGUAAACGGCACAGGCUGCCGGGAUUUGGAUGAGUGCGCGAUCUACGAUCCCUGCGACGAUCUUACGAUCUGCACCAAUCUCAGUCCGGGCUUCCAGUGCAGUCCUUGUCCAGUCGGUUUUGAUGGAACUCACGCAAAUGGCUACUACGCCGAAUUCUACUCCCUGGAUUAUCGCAAGCAAACGUGCCUGGAUGUCGAUGAGUGCCGAACUGGUUUCUUCCGAUGCCCGGAUCACUCCACCUGCAUAAAUGAGAUUGGCUCCUACAGAUGCCAGUGCCACGAGGGACAUGUGACCAAUGGCACCUACAGCUGCCUGGACAGAUCCUCGGUGUCCGUGUGUCCGGAUGGCACUGUUUGCGAUCGCAAUGCCGUUUGCCUGCGGAUGGACAACCUGCGAAGCAAGUGCCACUGCAAUGUGGGAUGGGCGGGCAAUGGAUUGAUGUGCGGCAGGGACUCCGAUAUGGAUGGUUGGCCGGACAAGACGCUCGGCUGCCCGGAGCUGCAUUGUCAGCGGGACAACUGCCCCAGGCUGCCGAAUUCGGGACAGGAGGACGCCGAUCUGGAUGGCUAUGGCGAUGGGUGUGACGAGGAUGCCGAUGGCGAUAAUGUCCAGAACACCCAGGAUAAUUGCCCGCUGGCCUACAACACCGAGCAGGUGGAUUCCGAUGGCGACCGAGUGGGCGAUGUGUGCGACAACUGUGUGCUCAAGUACAAUCCCAGGCAGCUGGACACCGAUGAGGAUGGUCUGGGUGAUGAGUGCGAUGGGGAUAUGGACAAUGAUUCCAUACCAAACGAGCUGGACAACUGCCCGCUGCUGCCGAAUCCCAGUCAAUCGGAUGUAGACAAUGAUGGUGUGGGCAAUGGCUGCGAUAACUGCCCGAAUCUCCCGAAUCCCGACCAGAAGGAUCGCGACAUGGACUUUGUGGGCGACGCCUGUCAUCGGGACAUCGACGGCGAUGACGAUGGAGUGCCCAAUUCGCUGGAUAACUGCCCCAUGGUCAGCAAUUCGGAUCAACUGGACACUGAUGGCGAUGGAACGGGCGAUGAGUGCGAUGACGACAUGGAUGGCGACGGGAUACCCAACUACAAGGACAACUGUCCGCUUGCCAGCAAUCCCAAGCAGGAGGAUUUCAAUCGCAAUGGCAAGGGUGAUCGUUGCGAAGAGGACGAGGAUGUGGAUGGGGUACCAAAUGCCAUUGAUAAUUGCCCCAACAACUCGAUGAUUCAUCACACGGACUUUCGUACACUGCAAACUAUUCCUCUGGAUCCGAAGGGUUUAUCCCAGGCUGAUCCCAACUGGGUGGUCCAUGCCAAUGGCACUGAGAUCGUGCAGACUUUAAACUCCGAUCCCGGAUUGGCGGUGGGCAGAGAUGCCUUCGGUGGUGUCGAUUUCGAUGGAACCUUCUAUAUCAAUGAUGAUACGGAUGACGAUUAUGCCGGCUUUGUGUUUAGCUAUCAGAGCAGCUACAAAUACUAUGUGGUGCAGUGGAAGAAGGGAACGCAAACCUACUGGGAGCCACGACCCUUUACUGCCUCCGCAGCGCCGGGAAUUCAGAUUAAACUGGUCAACAGCACCGAGGGUCCUGGGCCAACGAUGCGCAACAGUUUGUGGCACGAGGGGAAUACCGAUGGCGAGGCCAGGCUGCUGUGGAAGGAUCCGAAGAACAUUGCCUGGAAGGAGAGAACCUCCUACCGCUGGUCCCUGGUGCAUCGACCGGCCAUUGGCCUCAUCCGACUGCAAAUGUACGAGGGUCAUCGCCUCAUCUUCGACUCGGGCAAUGUCUUUGACUCCACGCUGAAGGGCGGACGGCUGGGCGUGUUCUGCUUCUCCCAGAGGAUGAUUAUAUGGUCCAACCUGCAGUACAAGUGCAAUAACCGCGUGAAGCCCCUGAUCUACAAUGAUCUGUCUGAAUAUCUCAAGACGAAGGUGGAGUUGCAGGACUGAACAGAGGAA